AUGAAACGCAUCGACCGGAUAAGCGUUACACACAUCGCAGGAAUCCUGUAUGUGGUCUGCAAGCUAACAGAAGGCUAUAUUUCCGGUUCGAAAGUGUCCCAAGCCGUUCACAUAGUGACAACAGUCUCAACUUCCGAUCAGUACGCCGACCAUGCAUUCAUGGUGGAAACUUGCGACAGUGUCCGCGACCGCUGCGUCUCAGACCCGAGCUGUGAAAUGCUACUGCACAGCAUCAAGACUUUCUGUGCAAACGUCGUGACGGGCGAGAGCUCGACCUGCACAGAGCAGUGUUCCAGGGCCUUAUUCAAGAUGGCCAUGCGUGCAUAUUCGGAUUUCGCUCUCGAUUUCGUUAACUGCGAUUGCAAUGGAAGCUUUACCUGCCAAUCCAUGAAAGGUUUGAUCGAAACGUGCACGAAAUCUGUUGUAACGUUGAUAAAGGGCGCACAAAGCGGCUACGCCUAUAGUUGCCGCCUCGGCUGGUGGAUUUGUGCGCAGGAUCCGGAGUGUGAACUCGCCAGGAUAACGUCGGAACUCGAGUGCCGUACCAUGCUUGACGGCAUUGAGUGCACGAGUUCUUGUAACAGCAGCAUCGGGCAUCUCUUCCGACAGCCCUCGGCUGUUGUCCUUAGCAACUGCGUUUAA